AAGCAAUGAUCUGAGAUGUAUCUGUUUGAGAGUAGUAUGCAGGGCGGUCUAUCUGAGUGCCAGCCUCGUGGGAGAGCUACAGAAGAGCUGUUAAUGGGGCUUUUUUACCGACAGUCGACACCCACCACAGCCUGCUUCAGUCAGAAUGGUCCUGCAGUGUUGACCGCAUUCAGGAUAAACCUGCACUCAGAUGGAAAUGGUGGAAAUGGUGUUGAUGCCCAUAAUGUAAGAGCGACACUGCCUGGAUUUACAGAGACCGAAAAGCUACAACCAAACACAGACACCGUGUUCUUCAGGGACGGAGUUCGGAGGAUAGACUUUGUGUUGUCUUAUGUAGAUGACAAAGAUGGAGAAAAGAAACAGGAGAGGAGGAGGGAGUUUGAGGCCAACCUUGAGAAAAUAGGACUGCAGCUGGAGACGGAAGAUAAAGCUGACUCCAAAGACCAAAAGACAUAUUUCUUAAAGAUCCAUGCUCCGUGGGAUGUACUGGCCACCUAUGCUGAUGUCUUAAAGAUCAAAGUUCCCUUCAAGUUGAGUGAUAUCCCCCACAGUCAAGAUGUCCCACUGGAAUGGCUCUCGCAUCCUUUCCGCCUGCCAGAGCACAUCAUGCGUCCACAACCUGACUACUUUACCUACCCCUUCGACAAGGCCAAAACUGACUUCUUCCUUAUCACUGACAAGGAUAAUUUCUUCCCACCUUCCACAAGAAACAGAAUUGUGUACUACAUCCUGGCUCGCUGCCCGUACUACAAAGAGGGUCGGAAAGAAAGAGAGAAGACGGGAAUCAAGCGACUACUCAGUAAUGGGACGUAUACAGCAGCCUUUCCACUACAUGAUUGUCAGUACUGGAAAAGGGCAAGAAAUGCUGAAUGUGAGAGUGAGCGCUACAACCUGUACAAGCACUGGGCCAGUUUUCUCUGCUUUUACAAAGAGCAGCCUCUCAACCUCAUCAGAAAGUACUACGGGGAGAAGAUUGGGAUCUACUUUGCCUGGCUGGGCUUCUACACAGAGAUGCUGUUCUUUGCAGCCGUCAUGGGCCUUAUAUGUUUCACCUAUGGAGUGCUCACUUACGAUGACAACGUGUCAAGCAAAGAAAUAUGUGACGCCGAUAUUGGAGGCAACAUUGUGAUGUGUCCACUUUGUGAUAAAAAGUGCCCUUUCUGGAAGCUCAACUCUACGUGUCUCUCAUCCUGGCAAUCCCAUCUGUUUGAUAAUGAGGGAACGGUAUUCUUUGCCAUAUUUAUGGGGAUUUGGGUAACUCUGUUUUUGGAGUUCUGGAAACGGCGUCAAGCCCGGCUGGAGUACGAGUGGGACUUGGUGGACUUUGAAGAGGAACAGCAACAGCUUCAAAUCAGGCCCGAGUUUGAGAUCCGAUGCACUAACAGGAGACUCAACAAGAUCACUAAGGAAAUGGAGCCGUAUCUCCCCGUCACCAGCAAGUGUGCUCGCUUCUGCCUCUCGGCUGCCACUGUUAUAUUCUGGAUUUCCCUGAUACUGGCCUGUAUUAUUGGGGUCAUAGCAUACAGGCUGGCAGUCUAUGCUGCCUUUGCAAGUAUCAUUAAAGAUCCUUUGAGGAAUAUCCAGUUUGUGGGAAGAUUCAUCACUCCACAGCUAGCGACUUCUGUCACUGCCUCCUGCAUCAACUUUGUCAUCAUCAUGAUCCUCAACUUCUUUUAUGAGAGGGUGGCCAUUUGGAUCACUGAUAUAGAAAUCCCAAAGACCCACCUCGAGUAUGAGAACAGGUUGACCAUGAAGAUGUUCCUCUUCCAGUUUGUCAACUACUACUCGUCAUGCUUCUACGUGGCCUUCUUCAAAGGCAAAUUUGUGGGUCAUCCUGGUAAAUACUCAUAUAUGUUUGGCAAAGACAGCGGACUGAGAAAUGAGGAGUGUGACCCUGGAGGCUGUCUGAUUGAGCUGACCACGCAGCUGGUGAUUGUUAUGUCAGGAAAACAACUCUGGGGGAACAUUCAGGAAGCUCUGCUGCCGUUAAUGCGUAACUGGUGGAACAGCAGAAAGGGACGUCACCGUCCUGAGAACCAUUACAGCCGCUGGGAGCAGGACCACGUCCUGCUGAACUUCACCCAGCUGGGAUUGUUUUAUGAGUACCUGGAGAUGGUGAUCCAGUUUGGUUUCAUCACUUUGUUUGUGGCCUCUUUCCCCUUGGCUCCGCUCCUGGCUCUGUUCAACAACAUCCUGGAGAUCAGGGUGGACGCCUGGAAGUUUACCACCCAGUUCAGACGACCGGUGGCGUCCAAGGCCCGAAACAUUGGAGCGUGGCUGGAAAUCCUUAACACAGUGGCCAUUGUGUCUGUUGUUACCAAUGCUUUCAUAAUGGCGUUCACCUCAGACAUGAUCCCUCGUUUGGUCUUCCUUCAUGCCUAUGGUGAAAAUGGCACCAUGAGUGGCUACAUUAACAACAGCCUGUCAUUAUACGACAUCUCUGCGAUACCUGAGAGCAACAUGCCCGAGGAAAAAGACAACUGGUUUAUUAACUCAACUGAAACCUGCAGAUACCGCGACUACCGUAACCCUCCAGGCCACCCGCAUCAGUAUGAGCACAAAAUGCAGUUCUGGCACAUCUUGGCUGCCAAAAUGGCCUUCAUUAUUAUCAUGGAACACGUGGUCUUCAUGGUGAAGUUCUUCGUGGCAUGGAUGAUCCCAGACGUCCCGUCAGAUGUGAAGGCUCGGUUUAAACGAGAACGCUACCUGAUUCAAGAGUACCUGCACAACUAUGAGGUGGAGAGGGUCAAACUCCAGCUGAGUGCCAGUUUCAUCACAGAGCCACAGUCAGAAAUGUCCUUGAUGACAGACAAGCAUGAAGUGUUGUCUGAGUGCCUGUAGCCACCUGCUUCACACCUUCCAACUAACCAAGCCAAGAGUGGAAUGUCUGGGUGUCUUCCACAUACAAGGGCUUCCAUAUUUGGGAUAAAAACGCUAAUAUCUUUUAUUGCUGAAUGGACUCCUCCUAUAUUAGGAUAUGUGUAGAGGUAUCCAAAAAAAUAUGAAAUGCAACAUUUCACUUUGCUUAAAAUCUUCAUCUCAAGUGGAUGAAACAUUCCCGUGCCAUAAAAAGAUAGUUGGAAAAUAAUAGCAAAAAGAGCAAAAAGAUUGUAACGACAGCUUGUAUCAUUCUCCAUGUAACGCCUUCAAACUCUCCAUUUGUCAUGACUGAAAACAAUAAUCUCUGUAUUCGUGGUUGUGAAGUUAAAGUUUGUGUUUUGAAACAUAUGACAUUAGGUGUAAUUACCCUUUAAAGAGUUGGUUAUGUUAUCAUUAAUUAACUUGUCUGCGUGUGAUUCUUGAGAAUACACGAUGGACUCCGACUGUUUAGAAAAGAAGAUAUGUCAGUUUUUAAAAUGUUUGUGUUUAAAAAAAAUCAUAUAAUUUUAUGGAUACAUAUGCUUUUUUCUUUCAUUAUAUAUUUUUUAAAUUGGUAACUACAUAACGUUUAUUUCCAUGAUCUAUAGCUGGGCUAUGAGAUUGUCAGUUUUGUUAUUUGAGUGUAUUGUGUUAAGGGAAAGGCUCUUAAGAACUGUGCAUUUAAAAAAAGAAAUACCUCCAUCAUACUGCAGCCAUACUGUAACAAUCAUAAGUGUUAUCAUUUCCACCCUGACUGAGUUAGUAAUAUGGUUAGACAGCAGCUGUAGGCUCAUGCAUCUCAUCUUCCAAAAGUAUUUCCAACUUGCUGCGGGACCAUUUAUAGAAUUUCAAGCAAGAAAAAAUGAAGAAAAUGUAUUGACAGUUUCUGAUUUAAUACAAUUAGUUUGUGUGUGCAUGAGUUUAGGUUGUGUGUGUGUGUCGGCUUUACUAUUUGCGUUGAUAAUAAAUGGCACAUACUGUAGGCAUAAACAAAGGCACCUUCAUUUCAGAGAUGAACAAGAAAGGAGAAGAACUUGUACCCUGGUUGGGAUACAUGUGAGUGAGGAUUUCAGUGAAAAUAAAUUAUUUCCUGACUUUUAGUAACCCAAUCCUACUCUCUAUCUGAUUACUAAGUGUUGCUGUAGUAGAUAUAAAGAAAACAUCAUCUAUUUAAAUGGGUUGUAGUGCAAUUAAUUUAUUGAUCGCCUUCUGCUCUGUAGCCUGAAGCUUUUGUAUUUAGAGUUACUUCAUACUACUCUUUUAAAGAUAUCUUUUAUCAAUUUACUUGCAACACCUUAUUCCUUAUUUUGUACUAUUCAUCACCUCAUAAAUCAAGCAGUGUUAGUUCACACAGCUCUUCGAGUACAUUUUAUGCUAUAAAGUAUUACUUUGUCAAGGGACCAGAUAAGUAAAAAUCACCUGAGAUUAUAUUUCCGUACAGAUUAGUCAUUUAUGAAAUACAGGAUCACUUUAGAUUUUUCUGUGAUUAUAUGGAAACCUCUUGUAACUGACUCUGUAAAUGUUGCAGUUGUGAUUUUUAUCUAUCAGGAAAUUAUAUUAUGAAAGUUAAAAACAAAGCCUGACCAACUCACAUCUCAGGAUUAAACAUCUGCUCAUGUUUGUUGAGCAUCACUUGUUGAUGAAGUUUGCAGAUGUCAGAUGUGUGCAGAGCUUGAUCCUGCAAAAUACUCGAUGCAUUUCCCAACAAACAAAUGCCUUAAACCUCUGUGUUUACUUGUUUUUCUAUGAUGUUGUAAUGACAAAGUUUUCUAUCUGAAUUCAAAAUCUGUUUCAUAUCAUUUGUUGCUACUGCUGCUACAUUGCAAAGUAGCUGUGUUGUCUGGUUUGAUGUGCAUGAAUUGCUGUUUGUCAGUUCUGUUUUUAUUGUAGCCUAUUGUACAUAAAUGCAGUAAAGCUGGUAAUAUUCACAAUAAAUAUGUAAAUAACUAGUUUUA